AUGGAAGAGUCCUUUUUGAGUCAUCCUCCUCUACAAACGAUGCCAAACCCAAUCACAAUGCCAAACAUUCAACAACAUCAAACUCAAGAUCAACUGCUCAUGCAACGAGCUCAAUGCGAUGCACAGCACUACCAGAUCGAGACAAUUGACGAGCGACUCAUCAUCACCUAUCAAAUCAAUCCUGCACGUCAAGACAAUUGGAGAAUUUACUUGCCUUUGAGUUUGGUUGAUGAUGUAAUCACCUGGUAUCACCUUGUGCUUGGACACAGAGGAAAAACGUCAAUGUAUGCUACAAUUGCAAAGCGAUUCUAUUCUCCUGGAUUGAAGCAACAAAUUGAACAAUUCAACUGUGAGGGAGAUUUGCCAACUCAAUAA